AUGGAAAAAUCUUCUGCCACCUCCACUUGCGAUGUCGAAGCGCAUCAUCAAGAGCACGCUGGCGGCGUGCCAUCUCCGGAUGACAGCGGAAAUGUCGACGAACCGCCUAUACCGAGCGCGGGCUCGUCCAUCGCGUCUGUUCUCUUGAAGAAUGAAAAGGACGCGGACGGAGCCCGCUAUACAACCACCAACUCAUCAAUCACUUCUGUCGACAUCAAAGAUGGAACUGAUAUUCAUGCUCAUGCUCACACUUUGUCUUGUGACAGUGUCGCAGCCCUUCUUGGGUCCAACAUUCAGGAUGGCUUGACGACCGAAGAGGUAGCCCGUCGUCACGAGCAAUACGGCCCGAACAAGCUGGAGACCUCUGGAAGCGUUAUUUGGUGGAGGAUCCUCCUCSGACAAGUUUCCAACAGCUUGACCUUGGUACUGGUCAUUGCCAUGGCCCUCAGCUUCGGCACCAACGACUACAUUGAAGGGGGUGUCAUCACUGCAGUCAUCGUCUUGAACGUUGUCGUUGGGUUCUUGCAGGAUUACCGUGCUGAGCAGACUAUUGCUACCCUUCUCGCAAUGGCAGCGCCUGUCUGCAAGGUGGUAAGAGAUAAGGGAAACCUCCUCACCAUCAAAGCAGACCAAUUGGUUCCUGGUGACAUUGUCCAACUCGGCAUUGGUGACAUUGUCCCGGCUGAUGUCCGCUUGGCCAGCAGCAUCAACUUCGCAAAUGACGAAGCGCUUCUUACUGGAGAAUCGAAACCAUCAGUCAAGGACUCGUCAUAUCUCUCGGACAAAGCUGACACCCCUCUUGGUGACCGGAUCAACAUCGCAUACUCAUCUACGACUGUCGUUCGCGGCAGAGGUGUGGGUAUCGUUGUCGCCACCGGUAUGAAUACUGAGAUCGGCAACAUUGCGCUCCUUCUUCGAGACAAGAAGGAGGUAUCUACCGGUCCUUGGUACAAGCGUUUCGGCAAACGAGCACUUCACGGAAUCAAGAGCGCUCUGGGACUAAUCGGCACGCCUCUCCAAGUGAAACUGUCCUGGUUCGCCCUGUUCCUCUUCGGUCUGGCUAUCCUUCUGGCGAUUAUCGUCUUUUCGGUCAAUCUGUGGGAUAUCGAUGACGAAACUUUGAUCUAUGGUAUCUGUGUCGCGGUGGCAGUGAUCCCAGAAUCCCUGAUUGCUGUGCUGACCAUCACAAUGGCGGUUGGCUCAAAGGCUAUGGCUAAAGGCAACGUGAUCGUGAGGAAAAUGGGAGCGCUUGAAGCGAUUGGAGGCGUCACCAACAUCUGCUCUGACAAGACAGGAACGCUGACUCAGGGCAAGAUGAUGGCGAGAAAGGCAUUUCUCCCCAGCGGACGAUUUCUUCAGGWUCACAACGAGUCAAACCCACUGGAUCCGACUGCCGGUGAAUUGACACUCGAAGGUCGCAAAGUUUGGGCUAACGAUGUCGCCAACGAUGUCGAGCUCAGACGCGCCUUCCAGAUCAUGUCACUCUGCAAUGUGUCUACCGUAACUGCUCCUCAUGGAACAAAAGCUCACUGGACUGCAACGGGCGAGCCUACCGAGAUCGCCCUCCAUGUAAUGGCCAUGCGUGCAGAGUGCAGCAAGCAGGAUACUGUCGCCAGAGAUGGCUUCAGGCUACUGACGGAACAUUCUUUCGACUCCGCGGUGAAGCGCAUGUCGGCCGUGUAUCAGAGCGAAGAAGUAGUUGCCCUCACAAAGGGUGCUACUGAGGUUCUAUUGCCACUGAUGAACAUCAACGAGGCUACUGCCAAAGUCAUUGCAGCUCAAGCGGACUCCAUGGCCGAGGAGGGUCUUCGAGUGCUCUGUCUGGCGUAUCGGACUCUUUCUAAUGAGGACACUGAGCAUGUCUUUGAUCGCGCCUUUGUUGAACAGCAACUCACAUUCGCGGGCUUGGUCGGUAUCUACGACCCUCCUCGUCUAGAGUCCGCCAGUGCCAUCCGCCAGUGUCAGACUGCAGGUAUCACGGUUCACAUGCUGACUGGAGACCAUCUAAAGACCGCCACGACAAUCGCCCGCGAGAUUGGUAUCUUGGGUCCACACGUCAUUGGCUCUUCCAUACCUACCGCCGUAAUGACUGCAUCAGUCUUUGACAAAAUGAGCGAUGCUGAGCUGGAUCAAAUGGAGACCUUGCCAUUCGUCUUGGCUCGUUGUAGUCCAACAWCAAAGCUUCGCAUGCUGGACGCUCUGCACCGUAAGGGCAAGUAUUGUGUCAUGACUGGCGAUGGCGUCAACGACUCUCCUGCUCUGAAAGGAGCGGAUGUUGGAGUCGCCAUGGGUCUGAACGGCUCCGACGUCUCCAAGGAGGCUGCCGACAUGGUUCUCACAGACGACAAUUUUGCCUCGAUCGUUUCCGCCAUCCGCGAGGGCCGCCGGCUGUUCGACAACAUUCGCAAAUUCCUCUUGCAUCUGCYCAUCUCCAAUAUCGCACAGGUCAUCCUCCUGCUGGUUGGUCUCGCUUUCAAGGACAACAAUGGAGUUUCGGUGUUCCCACUGUCGCCGUUGGAGAUCCUGUUCGCAAACCUUGUUAGCAGCAGUUUCUUGGCUAUUGGCCUCGGACUUGAGGAGGCGUCUGCAGAUGUGAUGUUAAGGCCGCCUCCCACUCGCGGCAUCUUCACUCGAGAACUCAUCAUUGACAAGUUCAUCUACGGCACCUUCAUGGGCUGUUUGUGCUUGGCAAGCUACUGCAUCGUCGCGUUCGGCGUUGGCGACGGCAAUCUUGGCCAGGAUUGCAACCACAACUACAAUGAAUCGUGCGAUCUGCCAUACCGCGCCCGUGGUACUGCCUACAGCAUCCUGACCGUGCUCCUGUCCGUCAUGGCAUGGGAGGCCAAACAUCUGGACUUGUCCCUAUUCAACAUGUACCCGGCAGAAGACUCACGCAAGGGCCUCUCUUUCUUCUCGACGGUUACCAAGAACCGCUUCCUCUUCUGGGCGGUCAUGGCUGGUCUCGUCACGCCCUUCCCCAUCAUUUACAUCCCCACGGUGAACCGCGUUGUCUUCCGACACUUGCCGCUCACUUGGGAAUGGGGACUCGUGGCUGGAAGUAUCUUUCUCUUCAUCGCUUUGGUCGAAAGCUGGAAGGCUGUCAAGAGACAUCGCAAGUCCAAGGCCGCGAAAAAGAAUGGCCAUGCCGUGGUCGUGCAUGUGAAUGAUGAGAAGAUUUCUGUUUGA